CUCUUAUCGUCAACCUCUGUCAACUGAUACCAAUAUUUCCCAUUACACUAUGAAGCUAACUGGAACAACAAGAAGCUAAAUUCAAAAAUGGACUUAUUAAUACCAAAAUUCACAGAAUUGCCACCACCAGAUAAUAUGCUCUCAUCUUCCUUUUCAAUUAAACCUUCAUUUUUUCUCAUCAUUAAACCCUUAUCAUCACUUCGUCGCUGCAAAAUCACUCCUUGCAAUAUCAGUCUCAACAACAACAACGAUUACCGUAAACAACAACGUAACCGAAAUUACAAUUCUACCCCUGUUAAAUCAAAGAAUUCCAAUUCUAAUUGGUUAAACAAAUGGCCAAACACACCUCCUCCAGUAGAACAUUCGAGAAAGGUUGAUUCGGAAACACGAACUAGAUAUUUUGAUGAAGACACUAGAGUAGGGACUACUGCUAUUGAUAGGAUUGUAUUGAGGUUAAGAAACUUAGGUUUAGGUUCUGAUGAUGAAGAAGAAGAAGAGGAGGACGAAAAAGAAGAAAAAAUGAAUUUUGAAAACAGCGAAGAAGAGAAAUUAGGUGAUUUAUUGAAGAGAGAUUGGGUACGACCGGAUAUGAUAUUAGAAGAGAGUGAUGAUGAAGGAGAUAAUAGUGCAUUGUUACCGUGGGAGCGGAAUGUGGAGGAUGAUGAGGUGGUGGAGGAACAAAAGGGAGGGAAGAGGAGAGCGGUUAAGGCACCGACGUUGGCUGAAUUGACGAUAGAGGAUGAGGAAUUGAGGAGAUUGAGGAGGAAUGGUAUGACGUUGAGAGAAAGGAUUAAUGUACCUAAAGCUGGGGUUACUGGAGCUGUGUUGGAAAAGAUUCAUUAUUCGUGGAGGAAGAAUGAGCUUGUUAGGCUUAAGUUUCAUGAGGUUUUGGCUAAUGAUAUGAGGACCGGACACGAGAUUGUAGAGCGUCGGACAGGAGGGCUUGUGAUAUGGAGGGCUGGGAGUGUGAUGGUGGUGUAUCGAGGAAGUAACUAUGAGGGGCCUUCUUCAAGGUCUCAAUCUGUGAAUGAGGAAGGCAAUGCUCUCUUUGUUCCUGAUGUUUCAUCUGACAAAUCUAUUGCAAAAGACAACAAAAGCUUUAAUCCAGUUAUUGAAAAUCUAAACCAACUUCAUCCUAAUCGUGUCCGAAGCAUGACUGAGGAGGAAGCAGAAUUCAAUAGGGUACUUGAUGGUUUAGGCCCACGUUUUGAGGAUUGGUGGGGUACGGGAGUACUUCCUGUUGAUGCCGAUUUGCUCCCUCAGACAAUUCCUGGCUAUAAAACACCUUUCCGACUUCUUCCUACUGGAAUGAGAUCACGCCUAACAAAUGCAGAAAUGACUAAUUUGCGGAAAAUUGCUAAAUCACUUCCUUGUCAUUUUGCUCUUGGGAGAAAUAGAAAUCACCAAGGGCUGGCUGCUGCUAUAAUCAAGCUGUGGGAGAAAAGCUUAGUUGUGAAAAUUGCAGUCAAACGUGGAAUUCAGAACACAAACAACAAGCUGAUGGCAGAAGAGUUAAAGAUGUUAACAGGGGGAGUCCUACUUCUGAGAAACAAAUAUUACAUAAUCUUUUAUCGAGGAAAGGAUUUUGUCCCACCUACUGUUGCGGCUGCUUUAUCCGAAAGGCAAGAGUUGACAAAACAGAUCCAAGAUGUCGAAGAGCAAAUGCGGAGCGGGCCUGCUGAAGUGGCACCAUUGUCCACAGAUGGACAGGCUGUUGCCGGUACUUUAGCGGAAUUUUAUGAGGCUCAGGCUCGGUGGGGGAGAGAAAUAUCUGCUGAAGAACGUGAGAGAAUGUUGAAAGAAGCAGCUAUGGUUCAGACGGCCAGAGUAGUCAAGCGGCUUGAACAUAAAUUUGAGAUUUCCCAGACUAAGAAGCUUAAAGCAGAGAAAAUUUUAGCUAAGAUUGUGGAAUCCUGGAUUCCUGCUGGUCCUUCUGAUGACCUGGAAACAAUAACAGAGGAGGAAAGGGUCAUGUUCCGUAGAGUUGGAUUAAGAAUGAAGUCAUACCUGCCACUUGGUAUCCGUGGUGUCUUUGAUGGUGUUAUUGAGAACAUGCAUCUGCAUUGGAAACACAGAGAACUUGUAAAGUUAAUAUCAAAAGAAAAGCAACUUGCUUUUGUUGAAGAAACAGCUAGACUUUUGGAAUAUGAAAGUGGUGGGAUUUUAGUGUCAAUAGAUAGAGUGCCAAAAGGUUAUGCGCUUAUUUUCUACCGUGGGAAAAAUUAUAGGCGGCCUAUCAGCCUCAGGCCAAGGAACCUUCUGACAAAAGCAAAAGCACUAAAACGUAGAGUGGCGCUGCAGCGUUACGAGGCUCUCAGUCAGCAUAUAUCCGAGCUGGAGACGUCGAUAGAGCAAACGAAAAGGCAAAUUGGUGAUUUUGGUAACACGGAUAUUAAAUCUAGCAAUCUGGAGGUGCUUGAUCAGUUCAAUCAUGUCUCAGAAUUCCAAAGGGAAGAUGAAGCGUCAUUGUUAGAGUCUGAUAGUGACGAGGAUGAAGAUCCUGAAUGGGAAAAUGAUGAUGAUUCAGAAUACUCCAGUCUCGAGGACAAUGAAACAGGAUAACAACACUUUAUGGCUAAUUACGAACAAUUGCAUUGUAUCAUGGCCGUAGUCCUAUUGAGCCACUACAGUCAUCUUUCUGAGGUUUUGGAUCAUAAUUUGAGGUGAAUGAAUCUCUCGAUUACUUGCUUAUGGCCAUUGAUGGAGCCUUUGAAUCACUGGUCGACUCAAAUUGUGGAAGGGCUUUCACGUCGUGCUCAUCGAAGCUCAUUUUUUCCCAG